AUGGAUCUCUCUGUUUUGCCAAAUAAUAACCAUCCUGACAAAUUCCUGCAGCUCGAUGUGAAGUCUUUAAUGAGGAACUCAGCCCUUCUCCAGGCCAGCCUGGCGAGGUUUCCAGGUGGGAAUUAUCCUGCUGCACAGCACUGGCAAAACCUCAUCUAUUCACAGAGAGAAAAGAAGAACGUUACUGCUCAGCGAAUGAGGGGACCCAGUGCAGAGUGUGCUGUCGCCGCAGAUAGACCUCCAGCAUCCCUGUCAUUGGUUCUGAAGAAUAACCCACUAUAUGGUGACGGAAGUUUGGAGGAAUCUAUGGAGGAGAGAAAAAAGAGCCCCUCGUGGACCAUUGAGGAAUAUGACAGGCGUUCCCUGCACACAAACCUUUCUGGGCAUCUGAAGGAAAAUCCUAAUGACUUACGGUUUUGGUUGGGAGACAUGUACACACCCGGUUUUGAUACCUUAUUGAAAAAAGAAGAGGAACAAGAGAAGCAUUCCAAAUAUUGUCGUAUAGGUCUGAUUUUGCUCCUUGUUGCCUGCAUCUUGGUUUCCAUAGUGACUGUUAGCGCUUUUUUCAUCUAG